AGAACCGCCAUUAUGACAUUGCAAAAAAGAAUCCGGAGACCCAACGAAGUCGACAAAUUCACUUGAACUGGAUUUUUCUCUUCGCUUAAGAAGAAAUCCCGAACGAAAGGAAGAAAAUAAAGCAUACGGGAGGAAGAAGAGGAAUGGGCCCUUGGGCCUUUGGCGUAUUUCUCAUCCUCGUAUCAACUCUGGGUCUUCUCCUGAAUGGCUACGUUCUCCUUGUCGUUCUCAGUCUUAAUAAACAGACGCAGCAGCAGCAGACGUCGAAUACUUUACUGCUGAUCCACUUGGGCGCCGUGGAAGCAGCGGUGUGCCUGAUACUGCUGAUUUUCGCAACCGGCUCGUGGCCGGUCGCAGGUACGUGGUGCGUCCUUCACGGAUUUCUACUGGCGUUGUUACACCCGGUUGCUCUGUGGACCGUCACCGGAUUAAACUGCGACAGGUAUUACGCGAUCGCCGCACCGCUGCACUACGCCGCCUUGGUCUCUCCGCGCCGCGUGAUCGUCGGGUUGGCUGCCUCUUGGACGGGCGCUCUACUCCUGUGCUUGCCGCCGUUCUCGGGUCUAGUGCCACCUUAUAAGUAUAGCCCAGGGUUGGGUUGCUGCGCCCCGGAUUUCGGGAACGGAUCCGCCGCGGCGCUCUACGGUGCCGUUUACGCCAUCCUGGGCCUGGGACUGCCGGCCGUUCUCGUGACGGUCUGCAAUUUACGCGUGCUGGGUAUAGCGCGGUACCAUCGGCACCGUAUCGCCAGCGCGAUCUACGAGGUCACUCUAAGCGCCCAGGUGACCAUCACCCAUCAGCGAAAUCCAUUUUUUGUGCCAACUGUCACCGCACCCUCCGCCGGCGGGCCGCCGCGUUUUCACAGUGCUGCCAGCACGGUGAUGCAACUGGUCGGCUCUCUGUAUCUGCUCUACUUUCCGUAUUGCGGACUCAUCCUCUGGGAAGCUUGCGACGCCGGUAAUCAGCACCGUCUUCACGCGCAUCCUAAGCUCGCCUCUUUAGCAUCGCUCCUCCUCGCGUGCUCGCCACCCAUCAACGGCUUGCUCUACGGCUUGAAAUCGCAGACCCUGCGACGAUCCGUGCAGAACUACUGGCGGAAAAAGGCAACUAAGUCGGAAUUGCAGCAGGAGAUUCAGGCGAGAACGCCGAGCGUCGCGGGCUCGAGAAGACCUUCCGGCAGCGGAAACGCUUCCUUCUUCCCAUUCCCGCCUCUACAACGGAGGCUAAGCGAGGCGUUAUUGGCCCUCGGCUCGUGCAGGACCGGGGGUAGUUUCAAAAGCAAUAAUCUGGGGUUCCAGCGUGGCAGAUUGCAACCCGCCGCCUCGUGUAAUACUCUCAGAGUGCCGACCGCUGAAUCAGGUGAGCCGAGCAAAUUGGUGAGGGCGAGCGCGAGUGCCGCCAGUCUGAUGGGUCCCCAUUAUCGGAGCGACUUUAUCGGGGCGGAUUCGGGCGCGGAAUGCUCCAUAGCUAUGUGCGAGACCCCGAGGAGAAGCCCGAGGAUCCUCAUAACGCGCGCGUACAGCGAGGAGAGCCAAGACGGAGGCAGCCCCCUUCUGAGAAAACCCCUCAAUUCCAAUACUAAUCCACCGCCGUGCGAAAAACGCCGAUGGCGACACUGCAGCACCGGAAGUGAGAGCAGCACGGGAAGCAGCGACGCAAGCGUAUGGACCACCGGCGUGACACCGAAGUACGGCAAGGGUAACGCGAAGAACUCGGACGGCUGGUCGUCACAUACGCGCCACGUACGUGGCAAAAAUCUAGAAGAAGGCGCCCUGUCAACCGCGAUCAGGCCGAACAAUAACAGCGAGAGCAGCGAUACCACGGACACGACUACAGCCACGACAACAACUACUACGCUGCUUAAAUCUCUCGCCAUGGAGACUGGCGAACAGAAUGAAAAAGAGAAGGAGAGGGUGAAUGGUAACAUGAAGAAAAAAGAGUUCAGCGAGAGCGAAAGCAGUUGGAGUAGCGUCGAAGAAAUCGAAACCAAGGCAGAGAGGAACGACGAAGACGACAAUCUUGAGAGAUCGAAGGAGGGUCCGCAAACGAGACCACCGAGGCGAAAGUUGAAAAGCAGCAAUCGCGAACCCGAAGUUUCCGCGGAGGAUCAUGAAGAGGCUGCGCAGCUGAGGCCACUUCUAACUCCCUCUUCUUAAGCCUACCCUCUUAAAUGUAUUUUCCUUUGAAUAAUCCGUUCGUGUAUGCGUGUGGUGUGCGCGUGUAUGUGAAUAUAUGUAUGUGUGCAUGUGUGUUGCGAACAAAAUAAAAUUUCACCGCGUGUAUUUAAGCGACACUGAUACACAUGGCGUUCACAGGAAGUUUCUAAAUAAAUGAACAUACAAUCGCGUGACACGUUUAUUUCGUGAAUUUACAAGAAUAAAGUUAGCCGGUGAAGAGUUGCGGUAAAGAGCUACUUUUAUAACUUGCAUUUACAAUAUUCGUGUUUGCGACACGAGAGCGAGGAGAAGGUAUUCGACAAAUAAUUUGUCCAAAAAUGUACGUUUCGUAGGCUGAUCUCUUACGUGUCUUAACGCACUGUAAAAAGUUUGAAGGAAAUAUGGAUUUGUUCUUUGCAGAUCCUUACAUUCGACAUUAAUAUAUAUACA